AUGGUCAAGAAGCGCAAUGCCCCCAGUGGUGGGUUCGGGGCAGGUUCAUCGUCCAAGAUGAGGAAAACGGCAAACGCUACAAAGUUCUACGCUGUCCAAAAGGGAAGGGAGCCUGGCGUCUAUUCGAAUUAUGAUGAAUGUCAAGCACAAACCACCGGGUUCCCAGGUGCGAAAUUCAAGUCAUUCCUAACAAGAGAGGAUGCCCAGGCCUACGUCGCGGGCCAUGAGAACCCAUCGGCGGAUAGGGACCGCCCGAAGUUCUAUGCCGUGGCCGUAGGCCAUGUUCCAGGUAUCUAUCAUACCUGGGAUGAGACCCAACCACAAGUCACAGAGGUCGCUGGACCCAAGCACAAGAGGUUCAAUACGCAAGCAGACGCGGAAGAUUUUAUUAGACAGAACGCCAGCCCUGAGACCUGCCGACGUCUGGGUAUAUCACUUGAGAAGACGCAAGAGUACACUGGGGCUGCUUUUGAACCUGUAGAAGCAUCUACCAAAAAGGUCAAGGCUGAGCCUACACGAAGACCAAAAGCUGCACCUCGCGCCGAGCCCCAUCAUGAAAACAACGGAAAUGUACUCACGAUUUGGACUGACGGCAGCAGUCUUGCCAACGGCCAGGCUGGCUCUCGUGCUGGCCUUGGAGUUUACUUUGGUCCUAAUGACGAGCGUAACCUUGCGGAGCGUCUUCCGGGCGAGCUUCAGACUAAUCAGCGUGCUGAACUGAUGGCGAUACUUCGUGCACUAGAGAUUGCGCCUUCAGCACAGGACGUUGAGAUUGUUUCUGACAGUCAGUAUUCCAUCAAGUGUGUGACACAAUGGGGCCCCGGCUGGGAGCAGAAUGGAUGGAAGAAUGCGGCAGGGGGACCAAUCAAGAACCAGGACAUUGUGAGCAGCGUAUUAGCAAGGAUAAAAGCACGCGAUGCAGCCGGUUCAAAAACCUCUUUCCAAUGGGUGAAAGGACACGCCAGUGAUUUUGGGAAUCACCGAGCAGAUGACCUGGCGAAUGAAGGGGCCAGAAAGCCUCCAGUUCCUUGA